CCAUGAGCAAGGCACCUUACCCUAACUGCUCCCCGGGCACUGGGAUGGCUCCCCACUGCUCCGGGUGUGUGUUCACUACUCACUAAGGAUGGGUUAAAUGCAAAGGUCACAUUUCGAGUAUGCAUUACAUACUUGAUACGCUUGUCACUUUCACUUUCACUCCAAAGAACCAUAAAACGAAACUGAAAGUCUUUGUGACUUGUUUGUCUCUCUCCUUCUGUGUGUACAUACACUAAAAUGGCAGAAGGAAAUUUUUCUCAAGACAAGUUAAACUGUUCGGUGUGUUUGGAUCUACUGAAUGAGCCAGUGACCAUUCCCUGUGGACACAGUUACUGUAUGAGCUGUAUUACAGACUGCUGGAAUCAGGAGGAUCAGACGGGAGUCUACAGAUGUCCUCAGUGCCGACAAAUCUUCACUCCAAGACCUGCUUUAUAUAAGAAUGUGAUGUUUGCUGAAGUGAUGGAGGAACUGAAGAAGAAAAAACUCCAGACCUCUUCUCCUGAUCACUGUUAUGCAGGACCUGGAGAUGUGGAGUGUGACAUCUGCACCGGGAGAAAAUACAAAGCUGUCAAAUCCUGUCUGGAGUGUCUGAACUCUUACUGUCAAAAUCAUCUUGAUCAACAUGAAAAAUUCUUUCAGGUUAAGAAGCAUGAUCUGAUGGAUCCAACUGGACGACUCCAUGAAAUGAUCUGCGCAAAACAUAGAAAACAUCUGGAAAUUUUCUGCCGUACCGACCAGCAGUACAUUUGUUAUCUGUGUACGAUGGACGAACAUAAAAACCAUGAAAUUGUAACAGCAGUAGCAGAGAGGACUGAGAAACAGAACAUUUUAGAAGAGACACAGAGAAAAGUUCAACAGAGAAUCCAGGAGAGAGAGAAAGAGAUUCAGGAUCUCAGAGAGGCUGUGAGGUCUCAUAAGAGAUCUGCACAGACAGCUGUGGAGGACAGUGAGAAGAUCUUCACUGAGCUGAUCUGCUCCAUUGAUAGACGUCGCUCUAAGGUGACACAACUGAUCAGAGAUCAGGAAAAGACUGCAGUGAGUCAAGCUGAAGGACUCUUAAAGCAACUGGAGCAGGAGAUGUCUGAUCUGAGGAGGAAAGACACUGAGCUGGAGCAGCUUUCACAAACAGACAAUCACAUCCAUUUCUUGCAGAGUUUUCAGUCUCUCUCUGCAGCUCCUGAAUCUAAAGUCUCACACAACAUUUUUGUCAGUUCUCUCCUCUCUUUUGAUGAUGUGAGAAAAUCUAUUUCUCAACUGAAUGACAAAGUGGAAGAUGUUUGUAGAGACGAGAUAGAAAAGAUUUCUGAUAGAGUUACAUCUAUUAGAAUUAUUUCUGAUGAACCCAAAACCAGGAAGGAGUUUUUGCAAUAUUCCAGUCAGUUCACAAUGGAUUCAAACACAACGUAUAAACACCUCUAUCUGUCUGAUGGGAACAGAGAGGUUACUUACACUGAUACAGACCAGCAGUAUCCUGAUCAUCCAGACAGAUUUGAUCACUGGCAGCAGGUGUUGUGUAAUGAGAGUGUGACCGGGCGCUGUUACUGGGAGGUUGAGUGGAGUGGAAGUGCCGGUGUGUCAAUUUCAGUGUCAUAUAAGAGCAUCAGCAGGAAGGGAAACGGUCAUGUGUGUGUGUUUGGGUGGAAUAAUCAGUCCUGGAGUUUACUCUGCUCUACCUCCAAAUAUUCAUUUGAGCACAAUCAUAAAUUGAUUGAACUCCCCGUGUCCUCCAUUUGUUCCAAAAUAGGAGUGUAUGUGGAUCACAGUGCAGGAUCUCUGUCCUUCUACAGUGUCUCUGAUACAAUGACCCUCAUCCACAAAGUCCAAACCACAUUUACUCAACCUCUCUAUCCUGGGUUUUAUGUUAGUAAAGAAUCUACAGUGAAACUAUGUCGUCUGAAAAAACAAAUCCUGCAUAAAUUUCAUAAAUAACACUAAAUUCAGCAUUACAGUAUUGCUAAAUAUUUUACAAUCUGAAAUCAAAGAAAACAUGGGAAUUGAAAAGGAGUAGUGUGUGAUUAAAACAGUUUUACUUAUUUUAAAAGACAUGCUGAUUUAAUUUAACUUGAUUUUAAUAUUAAGUAUUGCUAUUUUUUUAUAUUUAAAGGCGGGGUGCACGAUAAAAAAACACUUUGGAAAAGGGAGUUGGGAUGAGUACCAAAACACACUUGAAGCCAAUCAGCAGUAAGAGGCGUUUCUACUAACCAACAUCAUUGCCUGGGUUGCAUAUGUGGGGCGGGUCUAUCAAAAGAAGGUCCAGAUUCUAUUGGGGUAGGGGUGUGUUUGUUUAGGUGAUUUCAAAUACAACAUUGGCUUUCAGAGAUCGUGCACCCCGCUUUUAAUCUUAGCUUUGUCACAGCAGGUUCACUGGACAUGUUGUAGGGCCAUAAAAACAUUUAGUUUUUCCCACUUCAUUUGAUUAACAUAAUAAAUGCUAAUAUUUUUCUUGAGAAUGAUGUACUGUGCAAGGGGUCAAACUCAAGAAUUUCACAACAAAAAAAGUUUGUGGGAAUUCAUAAGCUGACCCCUUCACAUAUACAUCAUUCACUGUAAACUCGAACAGUACAAUAUACUCAUUUAAAAAGAGUAAACUGAACUAAAACCUGUAAAACAGUUCAUUCAACUUAAAAGUUUUAUGUGUUUUCAAUGAGUUCACCAUUUUAAAUUCCACAAACUCAAAUAAAAUGAGUCAAAGAACAUAAAUUUUUUUAUUUAUUUCUUCCAAACGGACUCAUUUCAAUACCACAGCCUUACUGUAACAAACACUGCAAAUAAUUACAAACUUUUGGUGGUUGUGAUGAGUGUGAUUUAAUAUGCCAGGUAAGCUAUGAAAGAGUCUGGCACUGGAAAUUUACUUCAGUUAAAAGUUAAAUCAACACAAUUGGUUGAGGUUCCAGUUCCCAGCAUGAUUUGCAUGAGCCCGCAAUACGAGAGCAUUUUUUUUUUAAUUAAGUGAUAUUUUAUGUAGUUUUCAGGAAAGAGAAAGACAUUCAUUUAUGUUGGAGAUUUAGAAGAGUUUGCUAUUUUUUAGUUUUGUGCUUACCAUUGUUUAGAAGUGUAGUGCCUGUGCUUAUGCUGUAGGUCGGAUAUUUGUUGCUUUAUAUAUCAUGUAAAAUAUGACUGUGUAAAAGUCAACACUGAGCUCAGUCUCAACACACUUUCACAUAAUCUGUUUCUGUGGCUUGUGAACAAAAAUUUAAUUGUAAAUAUAAGUUUUAAGUACAGUAUACAAUAAAUAUAUUGUAAACAGUCCUUACUUAUGUUAUAGUGUACUUAAAUAUGAAUCAAAAUGAAACAUACAAUUUUAAGUUUGGGUUAACUGAAUUUUUUAAGUUUUCUUUACUUAAUUUUUUUUUAUUUUAAAAAGUUGGUUUACUUUAAAAAAAAAUGCAUGUAAUCACUUUCUACAAAAUUCUUGAGUACUCUGAACUUGUCAGGUUUUACAGGGUUGAUUUCACAGUACAGGAAAUACUGCAAGGGUGAAGAUCUGCAGGUUGACAGGUUAACAGGUUUAUUAUAGUUAAAAAAAGCCCUUCUAGGGACAAGUGCUGCAAAUUAGCUUCGGCUACAGUACAUCAUUUGAGGACUGUAUCUCCAGUUUGUCUAUGUCUAUUGUAUCUGUCCCUAUACAAAUAACCUUAAAUAAAUAAAUAAACAGUGCUACCACCCAGAUACACUGUAAGCAUUGCACUUAUCCACACUGUGACUAAAACAGAAAAACUCAGAUUUGUCCAGUUUCAGACAAUGAUCAAAAAGAGAGGAACUGAUGCUUUCGUGAAAUGCUGUAAAGUGGACCAUGAAUCCACCUCGAAUGAUUUCUCCAUCAUAAAGCUACGCAUCUGUGCAUUAAUGUUUGAAUUUAUGAAAACAUAAUAAAAAUAAUAAUGAACCAAACUUGAGUAUGUGACGUGCCU